CAGGAACGUGAGCAAAGGAACCUAAUCACUAUGCAAGUUGCAGUCCAUCAAGAGAAAACCAUCACUCUUGCUCUCUCAUGGACGUUGCGCUGCCUCCGCCCGCGGCGGACCUCAUGACGGACGACCUCGUCCACUACGUGGCGGGCUUCCUGUCACCUCCCGACCUCAUGGCAGCCAUCCAAGUGAGCUCGUGGUGGAGCACCGUGUGCUCUAGCGACGUCAUCUGGCGCCGACUGUGCGUCUCUCGCUGGCUGCUGCCGCGUCCCGAGCGUCUCAAGCGUAGCACCGGCACCACGAGCUUCUUGGAGCUGUAUCAGUUUCUAGACCACGCACGAUAUCUACCACGCGGCAAAUUCACGACCAAGGUGAAUUACUACUGUCUCUAACAGCGAAGGGACAACGAUGCUGAUUCUAUAUGGUUAUACUCUUACAGCACCAGAUCGUUUGGGCCCGUGGUCGCGAUGAGGGCGCGGACGUGUGGAUGACAGUAGCUCACAGCUCCAAUUGCCAAGUACUCUCGACCGCCGGGACGCCGUAUAUUCAGCUACGAGUGGUGGUACAGAAUCUGCGCCCUCAGCCAUUGAUGGUCGAUCUGCAGGAGCUUGAAGUGCGCAUGAAAGGAGGUAACGAGGGGACAAUCUUCGGGGUCGGACCAAUUGCCAACCAGCCGAGAGUUGAAGCUGCAGAUGCUGCGCGGAUUAAACAGUUGGCGCCUGUUGUACUGGCAGUUAACGGAGUCGACGUGUAUCCAUCGCUGACGAGCCAGUUAAUUGAGCUGAAGAUGUUCGAUUUUGCCGUGCUUGUAGUCAACGUCGUGUGCAAUGGAUGUGAGUUCGAGCCCGACUUUUUGGAGUCGUGCAGUGCGCUUUGGCUACCGAUUCGCCGAAUGGGAAGAUGCACGUCGUUGAGCACGUGUCGCUGUGGGUUCAUUCCCGACAGCUACCAUCGUGGCAUUAUCCGCGUGCCUGUGGUGGACGAGUCCGUGAUUUGGCGGCAUUACGACCUGGUGUCAAAUCGUUUCAUGGUGCGUUCUGCUGUAACUCGGCAGGCUCUGUUGAGUCUGCUGGUAUUAUCUCGGAGAUGCACAAUUGCUGAUCUGUUGUGCUCCUCUAUGCGUGUAGGUUCUGAAUACUCGGUCAAUCGAAGAUGUAGACCAGUUCAGUAAUUUAUUAGGUUCACCUGUCAGUCACUUUUCCAAACGGAAGCGUAGCAUCUCAUAAGGAGCUAAAGCCGAUAUACAUGUACGAAAGGAGACGUGCAGGAAUGAGAUAGUAGCCAAAGUUGCUAUGUAUUUGUAAAUCGAAACAAGGUUUACUGCUGCAA